AAGAACUCAACACCGCUAGCACAGAAACGAGUGUUAACAGAUGGAGUCCAGCUUCCUCCUUCUCCGCCUCGUCCUGUUGGCCUCGGCGUUGACUCUCGGUGCUUGCAAUGCCGGUUGCCCAUCUGCAGGCCUCAAGCCAAACUUCUACGGGAGCAGUUGUCCCAACGCCGAGCAGAUCGUGCAGACCAUAAUAUAUAAGGAAGCGGAGAAGAACCCCAUACUGCCUGCCAAAUUGCUGAGAAUGUUCUUCCAUGACUGCUUCGUUAGGGGUUGUGAUGCUUCGCUGCUACUGAACUCGACGUCAGAGAGCACUGCAGAAAAGGAUGCUCCCCCUAACCUAUCACUGGCAGGAUUCGAGGUGAUCGACAUGGUGAAGGAAGCACUUGAGCAGGCUUGCCCGGGGACGGUCUCCUGCGCCGAUAUCGUUGCGUUGGCCGCGAGAGACUCGGUCUCAUUCCCAUUCGGGAAGUCCCUCUGGGAUGUGAAGACCGGUAGAAGAGACGGUAACGUGUCGCUGCUAUCUGAGGCUCUGGUCAACAUCCCCAGGCCUACCUCCAACUUCACCACGCUCGUCCGGAGUUUUGCCAAUAAGAGUCUCGGUGUCGACGAUCUCGUCAUCUUGUCAGGUGCACACACCAUCGGCGUCGGGCACUGCAACUUAUUCGCCGAGAGGCUUUACAACUUCACCGGCAAAGGCGACUCCGACCCGUCGCUUGAUCCAGCCUACGCAGCGUUCCUGAGGACUAAGUGCAGCCCUACUGACAACACCACGACGGUCAUCAUGGAUCCCGGCAGCGGCCUCAAGUUCGACAGCCAUUACUACGUGAACCUGAAGCAGAACAAGGGGCUGUUCCAGUCCGACGCGGUCCUCCUCACCGAUGGCGCAGCGAGCAAGGUGGUGGACGAGAUGGUCGACUUCGGGGCCUUCAUCGCUGCGUUCAGGAAUUCGAUAACCAAGAUGGGGGAUGUCGGCGUUCUCACCGGCAAGGAAGGAGAGAUCAGGAAGCACUGUCGCUUCGUGAACUGAUCCACGACGUCGACCCUUCGGCUUUGCACGCCCGACGUGCCUGCAUGCAUCAUCUGCUUUGCUGAGCGUUCACACAGUUCUAUUCUUUUCCCUUUCAUGUUCGACCUCAUCCGAUGUGAUCGUGUGGGGUGCUCUCAAUAAGAGACCCUUGGAGGAAUAACCUCUGGGUCUUGUUUGCGUCUGUUUAAACACUGUAAUUUCAUGGCUACUGUUUGUUGUUUUCAGCACUCAAUUCAUUUAAACAUUAUUGUUCUGA